AGAGUGUCUUCCCUCAUCUCUUCUGCCAUAUUGUCCAUACAUUUCUACCUGAUUGUCUGGAAGAAAUCUAACGACAUUUUCAAUCUCAAAUCAUGAAGUCUGCCCAAUUCAUUGGAGACGGAACUAUGGCAAAUCCUGGAACUUUUUAAAGCAAAGUUCCCUGAAAUCUGUGUAACUCCGGAUAUCACAGCGAUCACAGUCAAUUAAAUGAGUUCCCUGAGAUUUGCUAAACAACAUAUCGAACUUGGCACUUCAAACCUGCCUAAUCUAAUAUUUCCCAAAUGUUUCAUCGCUCUCAUCUUCUUAGGCAGCUGGGGCUGGUUCAUUUCACCAUUAGUCUUAUUCGAGAUGCCCGGACGAGGCAUCUUCACCCGCUGCGCAAGGAUUCCUUCUUUCAUCCUUUUCAACUCCCGUUGAUCCCUAACUUUCAAGAUGAAUUCCUGAAACUGAAUCAUAUUAGCAUAAUCCUCUGACCUCAUGAAUUUAUCCACUUUAAUGGAUUUAUACAACAAAAUUGAUCAUAGUGUUCUCAAAGAGACCAGCUCUGAUAUUGCCUUUGGCAUGCUGAAGACAUUUAAUUUCACUUAUCUAUACUGGUAGUUGCCUGCUCCUCCAAGAGAAAACCCGAAACAAGAAUCUUUUCAGAGAAUUUUAAGUUCACUUGUCCACUUUUUGUUGGAAGAAUAAAGUGAUUAUCCGGAGAUUGUGCAUAGAAACGGCUAGAUUCAUGAACUCACCAGGAGUUGCAGGGGAGGAUUCGCCGGUAUUUGUAGACUGCACAGGUUCAACAGAAUUACAGGUAAUCUCAUCUACAUAUUUUCGCUUACUGCGAACCUGUGUUCUCAAGAACUCGCUUUCACAAGGGAGAAAAAAUCAUUCUUUUAUCUCUCGGAGGCGAUUUGCAUUUGCUAUAUGCACAACUUUUCAUAAUAACCUUAUUAACAUGUACACCAAGUGCGGAGCUUUGGUAGAUGCUCGUAAAGUGUUUGAUCACAUGAAAAUACGAAACACCGUCUCAUGGAAUACGAUUAUUGCAGCAUACCAAAGACACGAGCAUCCUCACGAUGCGGUCCAACUGUUUCACCAAAUGCAACGAAAUGGUCUCCCACCCGAUCAAUUCACAUUUGCCAGCGUACUCCCAGCCUGUGCCAAAAUGGGAGCUUUGGAAAUGGGUGUGGACAUCCAUCAAAGCAUAAAGGAUAGCGGAAUUUCGUCAGAUGUUGUACUUGCAACUGCCUUGGUAGACAUGUAUGCAAAAUGUGGAAGCAUAGACAGGGCACGUGAAGUAUUUGACAAAAUGCCUGAUAGAAAUGUGGUUUCAUGGAACGCCAUGAUUGCAGGUUAUGUACAAAUUGGAUUUGUUGAAACAGCUUUAGAAACUCUCAGGCAAAUGAAAUUGGCAAGUGUGAAACCAGACUCCGCAACCUUCGUCAGCAUCCUCCCAGCCUGUGCUAAAAUGGGGGUUUUAGAACAGGGCAUGGAUAUCCAUCAAAGGAUAAUGGAAGGGGGAUUUUUUUCAGAUAUUAUAGUUGGAAAUGCUCUGGUAGACAUGUAUGCAAAAUGUGGAAGCAUAGACAAGGCACAUAGACUGUUUGAUAAAAUGCCUCAAAAAGAUGUCAUCUCAUGGACUGCAAUGAUUGCAGGAUAUGCACAAAAUGGAUUUGUAGAAAAGGCUUUAGAAACUUUCAAGCAAAUGCAAAUAGCAGGUAUAAAGCCAGACUCCACAACCUUUGCCAGUAUCCUCCCCGCCUGUGCCAAACUGGGAGCUUUGGAACAGGGUAUGGACAUCCAUCAAAGGAUAAAGGAUAGAGGAAUUUCGUCAGAUGUUAUACUUACAACUGCUCUGGUAGACAUGUACGCAAAAUGUGGAAGCAUAAACAAGGCUUACGCACUGUUUGACAAAAUGCCUCAAAGAAAUGUGGUGUCAUGGAAUGCUAUGAUUGCAGGAUAUGCACAAAUUGGACUUGUUGAGAAGGCUCUAGAAACUUUCAAGCAAAUGCAAUUGGCAGGUGUAAAGCCAGACUCCACAAGCUUUGUGAGCGUCCUCCCAGCCUGUGCCAGAAUGGGAGCUUUGGAACAGGGCAUGGACAUCCAUCAAAGCAUAAUGGAAGGUGGAUUUUUGUCGGAUAUUAUAGUUGGAAAUGUGCUGAUAGAUAUGUAUGCAAAGUGUGGAAGUAUAGACAAGGCACGUGAACUGUUUGACAAAAUGCCUGAAAGAGAUGUAGUCUCAUGGAAUGCCAUGAUUGCGGGAUAUGCACAGAAUGGAUUUUGUGAGGCUGCUUUCAAAAUCUUUAAAUUAAUGGAGGACUCUAGAACAUAUCCUGACAUUGUAAGCUUUGCUUGUGUUCUAUGUGCAUGCAGCCACGCAGGUUUAGUGGAUGAGGGGUGUACUUACUUCAAUCGCAUGAGUAACCUUUAUUGCAUUGCACCUACAGUUGAUCAUUAUGUGUGCAUGGUUGACCUUAUUGCCCGCGCUGGCUAUCUAGACGAAACCCUAAACUAUAUUAUUAAGAUGCCAGUUAAACCUGUGGCGGUUGUUUGGAUGUGUUUCCUUGGUGCCUGUAGAUUACAUACGAAUAUAGGCUUAGGAGUAUUUACAGCAAUGUUGCUUUUUCAUUUGGAUCCUAAAAAUACUGCAACUUAUCUUCUUCUCUCAAACAUCUAUGCAGAAGUGGGCAGGUUUGAUGAGGUUCAAAAGGUAAGGAGAUUGAUGAAAGAUAGAGGAAUUCAAAAGAUCCCUGGAUGUAGUUGGAUUGAAAGUUGUAAGAUGGUACAUGCUUUUUGUGCAGGAGAUAGAUCACACCCACAGACACAGGAGAUAUAUGCAAAGUUGGAAAAAUUGGCUUGGGAGAUGAAGGCAGCAGGGUAUCUUCCAGAUUCAAAACAUUUGCUUAAUGAUGUGGAAGAGGAGGAAAAAGAAUUAUUUCUCUGCCACCAUAGUGAAAAGUUGGCAAUUGCAUUUGGUUUGUUAAACACUUCCCAUGGAACAACUAUUAGAGUUGUCAAGAACCUUCGAGUAUGUGCUGAUUGCCACACUGCAACGAAAUUUAUCUCCAAUAUUGUUGGAAGCGAAAUUAUUGUGAGAGAUGUGACCCGUUUCCAUCAUUUUAAACAAGGACAAUGUUCUUGUGGAGAUUAUUGGUGAUGCUAAAUGAAGCAAUUUAUAAAAUAUUAUAAUUAUGUGUAUAGAGACAGACCUGCAGUAAUAAUGAAGGGACGAGGUUUUAUUUUCAUUUUCUAAAAAAAUUGUUUUUCCUUUUUGGGUUUUGAGGAUUUAGCAAUUUGGACUGCAGUUAGAACCACUGCUUAUUUUUGUUUUGAGUAUAUGGCAGUCUAGACAAUGUUGUUAGAUUUUUAAAUUAGAUACAUGAGUCCAAUGCAAGGUAUCUGCCAAAGACCUGCUUUAUGAUAACAUGGAUGUUUGAUUGAAAUGUUUACAGGAAACCUGCACAUGUUUGAAAUGAAAAGUUCAAGGAGGAGGUGGAGAAUCGAAUAAGAAAAGGUGAGGAUCGUUUCAAGUGAAUGGAAAGAUGCUUGACAAGAUGAAAUGAGAGAGGAGGGUUUGGAGUGUUUGUCAAUAGACAAUUAUGUUGGCUUUUCAAACUAGAUGCAUAGAGUGCAAUGCAUAUAAUUACUUGUAUGCACUGUUGGGGGCAUUUGUCAAAGAUCUAUUUUAUGAUAACAUGGGCAUUUUGCUGAAUUGUUUCCACGAAACCUUCAAAUGUAUGAAAUGAAAAAAUCUUGAGAAAGUGAAGAAUGGGGAAGAAAAAGGUAAGGAUUGCUUAAGUAAACAGAAAGAUGCUCGACCAAGAAAAUGGGAGAGGAGAUCUCACAAUCGAGCCUUUUUAUUCUUUAUAGUUCUUUUGUUUGGUAUUGAUUGUUUUAUCCUUUGUUAAUGUCAAGUAGGCCAUUUGAGAUAAUAUUACACAAUCAA